UAAGAAGGUACAAAGCAAACUGCAGCUGCAGCUCCAUUAACCCGCAAAACACAGCAGAACCUGGAAGCCAACGAGAAGCUUGGAUGCUAACGAGAGGAGGUCUGGGUCCUCUGGAAAGGACUACUCACUGGAAUAUUUCUGAGGCAUCUGUGAAAUAACCAUAACCUCAGAUACUGGUGACUUUACAGUCCCACGGAACCCUCCUCCCCGGAAGCUGAACAAAGCAAGAACAAUGGAGGCCAGCAGGAAGUUCAUUUGCAGACAAAGGCAAGUCCUUUUUUCCUUUCUCCUUUUGGGCUUAUCUCUGGCGGGCGCGGCGGAACCUAGGCGCUAUUCUGUGGUGGAGGAAACUGAGGGUAGCUCCUUUGUAACUAAUUUAGCAAAGGACUUAGGUCUGGAGCAGAGGGAAUUCUCCAGCCGGGGGGUUAGGGUUGUUUCUAGAGGGAACAAACUACAUUUGCAGCUCAACCAGGAGACCGGGGAUUUGUUGCUAAAUGAGAAACUGGACCGUGAGGAUCUGUGCGGUCACACAGAGCCCUGUGUGCUACGUUUCCAGGUGUUGCUAGAGAGUCCCUUAGAGUUUUUUCAAGCUGAGCUACAAGUAACAGACAUAAACGACCACUCUCCAGUAUUUCUGGACAAAGAAAUGCUGGUAAAAGUGUCAGAGAGCAGUCCUCCUGGGACUACGUUUCCUUUGAAGAAUGCUGAGGACUUAGAUGUAGGCCAAAAUAAUAUUGAGAGCUAUGUAAUCAGCCCCAACCCCUAUUUUCGGGUCCUCACCCGCAAACGCAGUGAUGGUAGGAAAUAUCCAGAGCUGGUACUGGACAAAGCGCUGGACCGAGAGGAGGAAGCUGAGCUCCGGUUAACACUUACAGCCCUGGAUGGUGGCUCUCCACCCAGAUCUGGCACUGCUCAGGUCUACAUCGAAAUCCUGGAUGUCAACGAUAAUGCCCCUGAAUUUGAGCAGCCUUUCUAUAGGGUGCAGAUCUCUGAGGACAGUCCAAUAGGCUUCCUGGUUGUCAAGGUCUCUGCCACAGAUGUAGACACCGGAGUCAACGGAGAGAUUUCCUAUUCACUUUUCCAAGCUUCAGACGAGAUUGGCAAAACCUUUAAGAUCAAUCCCUUGACAGGAGAAAUUGAACUUAAAAAACAACUUGAUUUCGAAAAAUUACAGUCCUAUGAAGUCAAUGUUGAGGCAAGAGAUGCUGGAACAUUUUCUGGAAAAUGCACCGUUCUGAUUCAAGUGAUGGAUGUGAACGAUCACGCUCCAGAAGUUACCAUGUCUGCAUUUACCAGCCCAGUACCUGAGAAUGCGCCUGAAACUGUGGUUGCACUUUUCAGUGUCUCAGAUCUUGAUUCAGAAGAAAAUGGAAAAGUAAGUUGCUCCAUUCCGGAGGAUCUACCCUUCCUCCUGAAAUCCGUGGGAAACUUUUACACCCUACUAACAGAGAGACCACUGGACAGAGAAAGCAGAGAUGAAUACAACAUCACCAUCACCGUCACUGACUUGGGGACCCCUAGGCUGAAAACACAGCUCAAUAUUACUGUGCUGGUCUCUGAUGUCAAUGACAACGCCCCCGCCUUCACACAAACCUCCUACACCCUGUUCGUCCGCGAGAACAACAGCCCCGCCCUGCACAUCGGCAGCGUCAGCGCCACAGACAGAGACUCGGGCAGCAACGCCCAGGUCACCUACUCGCUGCUGCCGCCCCAGGACCCGCACCUGCCCCUCGCCUCCCUGGUCUCCAUCAACGCGGACAACGGACAGCUGUUCGCCCUCCGGGCGCUGGACUACGAGGCCCUGCAGGCGUUCGAGUUCCGCGUGGGCGCCACAGACCGCGGCUCCCCGGCGCUGAGCAGCGAGGCGCUGGUGCGCGUGCUGGUGCUGGACGCCAACGACAACUCGCCCUUCGUGCUGUACCCGCUGCAGAACGGCUCCGCGCCCUGCACCGAGCUGGUGCCCCGGGCGGCCGAGCCGGGCUACCUGGUGAGCAAGGUGGUGGCGGUGGACGGCGACUCGGGCCAGAACGCCUGGCUCUCGUUCCAACUGCUCAAGGCCACGGAGCCCGGGCUGUUCGGCGUGUGGGCGCACAAUGGCGAGGUGCGCACCGCCAGGCUGCUGAGCGAGCGCGACGCGGCCAAGCACAGGCUGGUGGUGCUGGUCAAGGACAAUGGCGAGCCCCCGCGCUCGGCCACCGCCACGCUGCACGUGCUCCUGGUGGACGGCUUCUCCCAGCCCUACCUGCCGCUCCCGGAGGCGGCCCCGGCCCAGGCCCAGGCCGACUCGCUCACCGUCUACCUGGUGGUGGCGUUGGCCUCGGUGUCGUCGCUCUUCCUGUUCUCGGUGCUCCUGUUCGUGGCGGUGCGGCUGUGCAGGAGGAGCCGGGCGGCCUCGGUGGGUCGCUGCUCGGUGCCCGAGGGUCCCUUUCCGGGUCAUCUGGUGGACCUAAGUGGCACCGGGACCCUGUCCCAGAGCUACCAGUACGAGGUGUGUCUGUCGGGAAGUUCUGGGACAAAUGAGUUCAAAUUUCUGAAGCCGAUUAUCCCCAACUUCUCUCCCCAGUGCCCUGACAAAGAAAUAGAGGGAAAUUCUACCUUCGCCAAUAGCUUUGGGUUCAAUAUUCAGUGACCAUAAUUGACUUUUAUAUUCCAUAUGUAUUUUAUUUUGUGGCAUUUCUAUGCCAAUGUUUGUUUUCCCCAAUUUGUGUGUAUUUAAAAUUGUACUGAUUUACUUGCGAUUUUUCUCCUGUUCUUUCUCCCUUUGCUUUUAAGUGAAACUUUACCUUUAUUCCUGGUUCUUAAAAGGUAGCAAUUCACUCUUUAACC